AUGCAUUCACAUCCUAAUAAUAAUAAUAAUAAUAAUAAUAAACAACAAACAAACAACAAUCAUAAAGUAUUAAAAAAUGAAAAACGUAAAAAUCCUUCAUCAUCAUCAUUAAUUAGUAAUAAGAAAUUACUCAAUGGCAACUAUACUCGUGCUAAACGUUGUAUACCGGAAAGAUGUCAGCCACCAGAUUGUCGUUGUGGUGGCCUCGAUAUUCCAGGUGGUUUUAAACCUAGAGAAAUUCCACAACUAGUUGUGCUAACGUUUGAUGAUUCGGUGAAUGAUUUAAAUCUACAUAUUUAUCGUCGUCUUUUUGAACAAGGACGAACAAAUCCAAACGGAUGCCCAAUUUCAGCAACAUUUUAUGUUUCACAUGAAUGGACCGAUUAUUCACAAGUACAGAAUCUAUAUGCUAAAGGCCAUGAAAUUGCAUCACAUUCAGUUAGCCAUAGUUUUGGCGAAAAAUUUUCCAAAGAGCGUUGGCUUGAUGAAAUUUUAGGACAAAAAGAAAUUCUUCAUCUUUACGGUGGUGUUGAUCCGAAUGAAAUUCGUGGAAUGAGAGCACCAUUUUUACAGACUGGUGGUGAUACAAUGUUUGAAAUGUUACAUCAGGCAAAUUUUUCCUAUGAUUCAUCAUUACCCGUUUAUGAUAUUGAUCCACCAUAUUGGCCAUAUACCUUAGAUUAUUCUAUUAAUCAUGACUGUAUGAUUGAACCAUGUCCAAGUAAUUCCUAUCCAGGAUUCUGGGAAGUUGGUAUGGUCAUGUGGGAAGAUUUACGCGGUGGCCGUUGUUCAAUGGCUGAUGGCUGUUUUAAUCCAUCAGAUGAAGAUGGUGUUUAUGAAAUGGUUAAACGAAAUUUUCUUCGCCAUUAUACAUCAAAUCGUGCACCAUUUGGAAUGUAUUUCCAUUCAAGAUGGUUUCUAACUGAACAUAAUAUGAAUGGUUUCAUUAGAUUUUUAGAUGAAAUGUUACAAUUAGAUGAUAUUUAUUUGGUUACAAAUUGGCAAAUGAUACAAUGGAUGCGUAAUCCAACACCAUUAACACAUAUGAAAAAAUUCAAACCAUUCGGCUGUGAUCAUAUAAGAAAUCGGCCACCAUUAUGUAAAGCACCACAUACAUGUAAAGCACGUUUCCGCAGCGAGAUACGUACAUUGAAAACAUGUCAAAAAUGCCCACAAUCAUAUCCAUGGACAGGUAAUAAUGGCAGCGGAUAGAUUGAAUAUUUUUUUUCAAAAAAAUAGGUCAAUAGGUUUUUCCAUUCUUAAUAUAUCGAUAUUGAAUGGAAAUUUUUUUUCAAUAAAAAAUUCCAAAUAACCAAUCAAUAAAUGAAAACGAGUCUCAUUAAAAAAAGUGUGAUUUUCAAAGUCAAUUUGUUCGCGCGUGCUUAAACACAUAAAACAUAUAACACGAACAACAUAUAACUGUAACACAUAUACAAACGUAUACACACGAACGCACACACGUUACUCUCAUCAAUCAUUUUUUUUUCAACA